GAAUGGGUUUGGCCCCACUUCGGGUUCCGACUAGACUCGUGCGCAGGUAGGACCUGACCCCACUUCCGGUUCGGGCUCGGUCGCUUCGUCGAGGAGGAAAAGGAUAAGCAGCCCACCGCGCGUCGCACCUGCGCCCCCCCCUCCUCCUCCCGUCCCCCCCGAGCGGCACGGCCGGAGCCCGGAGGACCCUCGCCGCGCCACGGCCGCUCGCCGUCCCGCUCCCAGGAGGCUCCCGUGGCCCGGCCGGCGCCCCGGCGGCAGCCCUGCCCACCGCCGCGCGGCAGCCGGUACGCGGAGGCCCUCACCGUCUCACCGUCGAGCGCCACGGUGCCGGAUCUGUCCUCAUUCCACAGCCCCCGAGGUCGUCGGCGCCGUGCAGGGGGUCACGGCGCACGUCCCGGCCUCGUUCCCGCCCCCGACAACCUCAGUCUCCAACCCCAAGAUCUUUGCCUAGCUGGCGCCUGGUAACAUGACACCGACGGUCCUCAUGGAGUACAGGCCGCAGAUGCAGAUUAAACGGGGCUACGAUGAAAUAGCUUACCAGGGCGCGGGGUAUGCAGAGACUGUAGGCGAGUCGGGCAGCCCUGUCCGUGUUGACUCCGAAGAUUCGUCUGCGCCGAAACGCAAGUGCAUCAGCCUCAAUAGCGAUGGCUUUGAUGUGAAGCGAGAGAUCUUUGUCCCGUCCAAGUUGUCGUCGUCUGAGCGGCGCUACCUUCGAAAGAGAUUCCGGGCAGAGCUUGACUCUGUCAGAUAUCUCCUCAAGAGGCCAGAGUUUUUGGCCAUCAUGCCUGUCAGCCGAGCACCUGGUUUCUCAUCGUCGGCUGCCCCUCGAGCUAAAAAAGUGCAACGGGGGAGCCAUGUUCUCCGUGGUGCCAAGGGACGCUUCUUGCCAACAAAACCCCGGCCUGAAACGUCUACAGUGUUGCCUGAAGCUACAAUUCUGAAGCAGUGCGAAGCUAUUCUGAAGAAGCUGAUGACUCAGAAAUUUAGUCAUAUUUUUAAUGUUCCAGUAGACGUGGAAAAGCUGAAUAUUCCAGAUUAUAAUGAAAUUAUCAAGCACCCGAUGGACCUUGGGACCAUCAAGAAGAAGCUAGAUUCUGGUUCCUACACAAGUCCUUCUGAUUUUGCAGCUGAUGUCAGGCUGACCUUUAACAAUGCGAUAACUUAUAAUCCCCGAGGGCAUGCAGUGCAUGAUAUGGCCAUUCAACUGAAUAAAAUGUUCGAGUCCAGAUGGAAAACAGUUGAGAAGAAGUUAGCUUCUGCUGCCAUUAAGCCACAUGUUGAGGUUGAUAGGGCUGACUCAAAGAGGAGAAAGACCCCUCCUGUGGACCGCAGUGACUUGUCAAUAGAUUGUGUCAGGCCAACUGAGAUUGUGAAGCCGAAGAUGACAUUUGAGGAGAAAGAAUCCUUUGGAAACUGCUUAGCUUCUUUGUCUGAGGAUCCAGAAUUACCUGGUCACAUCAUUGAUAUGUUACAGCAGUGUAUUGACAACAAUACAGAUCAGCUUGGUGAUGGAGAAAUAGAGAUUGAUAUCCAUGCACUCAGUGAUGACAUGCUAUUAGAAUUGAAGAAGCAUGUGGACAAGUACUUGCAAGAGAGAGAUCACCAGCAGACAAAAUCUGAGCCUUCUGAGAAUGAGGCUGUGAAUGUUUCUGGCCUCAGUCAUUCGUCCACAAAUCCCUGCAAAGGUGGUGAGCCUGUUGAGGAGGAUGUGGACAUUUGCGGCAAUGCAUCCCCUAUAUUGAUAGAGAAGGAUCCAGAGAUCAGAACAAGCAAAUGUGGGAGUCCAAGUAGUUCCAGCAGUGACUCGGGAUCUUCAUCCAGUGAUUCUGACUCAGGCAGUGACGCUGAAAGUGAACCAGAAAAAGCUGGUAGCCCAGCAAAGCUUGUGAAGGGUAUUAAAAUACCAGAACAACCUGCAGAGCAAGAAAAGAGUGAUGCUGGUAUUAGCCCUGUUGAUGCUAACCACGCUGCUGCUGAUGUGGAACUCCGUGAACAGGACAAUGAGUCCAAGGCUGCAACUGGGGACACUACUGCUGAUGUGGAACUUCGUGAGCAGGACAAUGAGUCGAAGGCUGCACCUGAGGGGGAGAAUGCAAAACCUGACAGGCAAGUCUCUCCGGACAAGCUCUUGCGAGCAGCUCUUUUGAGGGGCCGUUAUGCUGAUGUAAUUGUGAAAGCUCGUGGGAUUCUUAGCCAGGGUGGAGAUAAACAGGAGGAGCUGGAGAAACUUCAGAAGGAAGAGAAAGAACGGCUUUUAGCUGAAGGUAAUGCAGCUAUGGAAGCUCGCAGAGCUGAAGCUGAAGCUGAAUCUAAGCGUAAGCGGGACCUUGAGAGGGAAAAGGCUCGUCAGGCCUUGCAAGAGAUGGAGAGAACUGUAGAAAUUAAUGACAGCGUCGACCCCAAGGACCUAGAAAUGCUUGGUACGGUCACAACAGAACAUAUUGUGAGUUCUGUUGAUGAAACGAGUCCAGAGCAUUCCCAGGAUGGCAUGCCCAUUUUUCUUCCUGGUUCUGGCAGCAUGUUGGAAAAACUUGGACUAUUUAUGAAAGUAGACGAGGAAGAAGAGGAAGAAGAGCCAUGCAGCAAAGAUGCGGAUGAUGGAGAAAUCAACUAAUGUCUGUUGACAUGUUUGAGCCUUCUGGUCAAAGACAGAACAAUUGCCUGUUUCAGCCGGCCGAUGCACACGGGGAAAUUGCUGGGUAGCUGCGUACUGUCAGACAUUUUUUCCCGAACGCUGCACAGAAGAAUUCCCUUGAAUUUGAUGCGCUGGAGGUGUUAAAUCAUGUGCUCGCAGGAUGCACGCCCUUGGGAAGGGAAGGGAGGACAGAGAUCGAGGCCACCAAAAUCCAGCUGCAAAUGAAAAUGGAGUUCAUCUCUCAAAUGAAGUAUUCGUCCCAGAAUCAAGACGCCGCCGCGAGCUGUUGGGUGUAUUAAUCUGACGGAGGCUUCUGGAAGAUUCCUUCUGACUCACGCAUGGCCAGAUGUGGACCCAAUACCACUUCUGACACUUUUGCUGUUGUAAGACGCCCAGAUCCAGCGGCUUUGGGUGAUAUUGUCUCAGUAGACAGUUCAGUAUGGGUAUGAAUACUAAAGUCCUGGUUUGUGGUGCUUUGCUUUCUGUGAGUGUGAAGUGCAAGGGGGACAAAUGUCUAGCCAAAAUCAGUAUCCACGUACCUACGAUUGUUCAUUUGUAUACAUUGAUAGACAGAUAGUGUGCCUUGUUCACCAGUAAAGCUUAUAUGAGUUUUUCCAAGUACUA